GGUGAUGCUGCUGCUUCUGCCGCUUCGACUGCUGAUACUCCAGUGAGGGCUGGAAGGGUGGUUCCUAUUAGCACCGUCGCCAACCAGAGAGGGAGGGGAAGAAAUCCCGGCAGCCGCUGCUGAUGUUGGGUUCGGAGGCUGCAUCCGACUCGGUCUCAAGGAAAAUGGAUUCAGUUUGCAUCUCUCCUUCCUUUCAACAGCUUCUCCGGAUCUCAGCAUGGGCUUCCAGGGCAGUGGCUGAGGAGACCUUCCCGAGGGGCAACACGCAGUAGCUGCUGAGCCGUGGCACCCAGGAGAAGCCGCAGGAACAUGGCAGCCCCUGCUUGAGAGGAAUUCAACACCAACAGACUCCAUUCAGAAAGGAAUAAUGUCCAAGAAAGGGCGAAAUAAGGGCGAGAAGCCCGAGGCGCUCAUUGUCGCCCUUCAAGCUGCCAACGAAGACCUCAGGACCAAGCUCACAGACAUCCAGAUAGAGCUGCAUCAGGAGAAGUCCAAGGUAUCUAAACUCGAGCGAGAGAAGACUCAAGAAGCCAAGCGGAUCCGCGAGCUGGAGCAGCGGAAGCACACGGUCCUGGUGACAGAGCUCAAAGCCAAGCUCCACGAGGAAAAGAUGAAGGAGCUGCAGGCCGUGCGGGAGAACCUCAUCAAGCAGCACGAGCAGGAGAUGGCCCGGACAGUGAAGGUGCGGGACGGCGAGAUCCAGAGGCUCAAGUCGGCGCUGUGCGCGCUGCGGGACGGCAGCAGCGACAAAGUAAGGACAGCGCUCACCAUCGAGGCCCGCGAGGAGGCCCGGAAACUCUUCGACGCCGAGCGCCUUAAGCUCUUGCAGGAGAUUGCGGACCUGAAAACGGCCAAGAAGCAGGUGGACGAGGCGCUGAGCAACAUGAUCCAAGCGGAUAAAAUCAAGGCUGGGGACCUCAGGAGUGAGCAUCAGUCCCACCAGGAAGCCAUCUCCAAGAUCAAGUGGGAGUCGGAGCGGGAUAUUCGGAGGCUGAUGGAUGAGAUCAAAGCCAAGGACAGGAUCAUCUUUUCUCUGGAAAAGGAACUGGAGACCCAAACAGGCUAUGUACAGAAGCUCCAGCUCCAGAAGGAGGCUUUGGAUGAACAGCUCUUUCUGGUCAAGGAGGCUGAAUGUAACAUGAGCAGUCCAAAACGAGAAAUCCCAGGAAGGGCAGGAGACGGCUCUGAACACUGCAGCAGUCCGGAUUUGCGAAGAAAUCAGAAGAGAAUAGCUGAGUUGAAUGCCACGAUAAGAAAAUUAGAAGACAGGAAUACCUUGCUUGGAGAUGAACGAAAUGAACUGUUAAAGCGUGUGCGGGAAGCUGAAAAACAAUGUAAACCUCUUCUGGAAAGGAACAAGUGCCUCGCCAAGAGAAAUGAUGAACUGAUGGUGUCUUUGCAGCGCAUGGAAGAUAAACUAAAAGCCGUUACCAAGGAAAAUUCAGAAAUGAGAGAAAAAAUCACAUCCCAUCCACCCUUGAAGAAAUUAAAAUCUCUAAAUGACCUCGAUCAAGCUAAUGAAGAACAAGAGACAGAGUUUCUAAAACUUCAGGUCAUUGAGCAACAGAACAUUAUUGAUGAGCUCACAAGGGACCGGGAAAAGCUCAUUCGUAGAAGAAAGCAUAGAAGAAGUUCCAAACCAAUUAAGAGGCCUGUUUUGGACCCAUUUAUUGGCUAUGAUGAGGACUCCAUGGAUUCAGAAACAUCAUCCAUGGCCUCAUUUAGAACAGACCGAACACCAGCUACUCCUGAUGAUGACUUGGAUGAGAGUUUGGCAGCUGAAGAAUCUGAGCUAAGAUUCCGACAAUUAACAAAAGAAUACCAGGCUCUCCAAAGAGCAUAUGCCCUCCUGCAGGAGCAGACUGGAGGCAUCAUUGAUGCUGAAAGAGAAGCCAAGGCUCAAGAACAACUCCAGGCCGAGGUGCUAAGGUAUAAAGCCAAAAUAGAAGAUCUGGAAGCGACUCUGGCUCAGAAAGGGCAGGAUUCACACUGGGUAGAAGAUAAACAGCUUUUCAUUAAGAGAAACCAGGAGCUUUUAGAAAAGAUAGAAAAGCAAGAGGCAGAAAAUCACCGGCUCCAACAGGAACUACAGGAUGCCAGAGACCAGAAUGAGCUGCUGGAGUUUCGAAACCUAGAACUAGAAGAAAGAGAGAGAAGAUCCCCUCCAUUUAAUCUGCAAAUUCACCCAUUCUCAGAUGGUGUGAGUGCUCUCCAGAUCUACUGUAUGAAAGAAGGUGUCAAGGAUGUGAAUAUCCCUGAUCUCAUAAAGCAGCUUGAUAUCUUAGGUGAUAAUGGGAAUUUAAGAAAUGAAGAGCAAGUGGCUAUAAUUCAGGCCAGCACUGUGCUGUCCCUGGCAGAAAAGUGGAUCCAGCAAAUUGAAGGAGCAGAGGCUGCCCUGCACCAGAAAAUGAUGGAGUUGGAAAGUGACAUGGAACAAUUCUGCAAAAUCAAAGGCUAUCUGGAGGAAGAGCUAGACUACAGGAAACAAGCCCUCGACCAAGCAUAUAUGAGAAUCCAGGAACUAGAAGCAACUUUGUACAAUGCUCUGCAGCAAGAAACUGUUAUUAAAUUUGGUGAAUUAUUAAAUGAAAAGCAGCAGGAGGAGCUGAGGACAGCAGUGGAGAAGUUACGGCGGCAGAUGCUGAGGAAGAGCAGAGAGUAUGACUGUCAGAUUCUCCAGGAGAGGAUGGAGCUCUUACAGCAGGCCCACCAGAGAAUUCGUGACUUAGAAGAUAAAACAGACAUCCAGAAAAGACAGAUAAAGGACCUAGAAGAAAAGUUUCUGUUUCUAUUCUUGUUCUUCUCUCUUGCCUUUAUUCUAUGGCCUUGAUGUCAAGGUGCCUCUUACAGAGAAACCGAAAACACGGAUAAGACCGCAGAAAAGCAAAUACUUCUAAACCUUCAAAGAUGGCAGAAAUGCUUACAGCAGUGAAAGGGAGAUCAAAAGCUGAGACCCAUCCUGUAGCCAGGACUACACCUGUGUAUUUUAAAGCCAUUAUUCAAGGUUUCUUACUUGACAGUUCCUACAUGACCCUGUUGAAAAUCUACAAUAUAUGCUGCAUUUAACGAAACGUGUAUAUGUCAAACCAGAAGGAAAGAACUAUAGACAUAUAUUGUGUGAAAGAAACAAUUCAGCAAGGGAAACAGUUUCAGCAGAUCAAGCAAAGAUGUGUCUUGGGCAUGGAACCAAAGUUACAAAGAAACAUUCUACCCCUGCUGUGCAGGGGGGGUCAUUUUAAUGUAACACCACACCCCAUGGAAAUACUAGUCCUGAAAUAAACAUCAUUUAAAAAAAAAAAAUCAAAA